CGGCCAUCGCCUGCCCGGCGGGGUUUUCCCCCCACCCCUUUCCUGCCGGGCCGCCGUUCGCCAGCCGCCCGUUAAAAACAGGAGGCAAGAUGGCCGAGCUGGGCAGCAAAGGGGUCACUGCGGGGAAGAUCGCCAGCAACGUCCAGAAGAAGCUGACCCGGGCCCAGGAGAAGGUCCUUCAGAAACUUGGUAAAGCAGAUGAAACAAAAGAUGAGCAGUUUGAGCAGUGUGUCCAGAACUUCAACAAGCAGCUGUCUGAAGGCACGAGGCUGCAGAAGGACCUCCGAACUUAUCUGGCUUCCGUAAAAGCCAUGCACGAGGCCUCCAAGAAGCUGACAGAGUGUCUGCAGGAAGUUUAUGAGCCGGAGUGGCCUGGGAGAGAUGACACAAAUAAAAUAGCAGAGAACAACGAUCUCCUCUGGACGGAUUUCCAUCAGAAGCUGGUGGAUCAGGCGCUUCUGACCAUGGAUACCUAUCUUGGCCAAUUUCCAGAUAUUAAAUCUCGUAUAGCGAAGCGAGGAAGGAAGCUUGUGGAUUAUGACAGUGCCAGACACCAUUUUGAAGCCCUGCAAACUGCAAAGAAGAAGGACGAAACCAAAAUUGCAAAGCCUGUUUCGCUGCUUGAGAAAGCCGCGCCUCAGUGGUGUCAAGGGAAGCUACAAGCUCACCUCGUUGCGCAAACUAAUCUGCUCCGAAAUCAGGCUGAAGAAGAAUUAGUAAAAGCUCAGAAGGUGUUUGAAGAGAUGAAUGUUGAUCUGCAGGAGGAGUUGCCUUCACUAUGGAAUAGUCGUGUUGGUUUCUACGUCAACACAUUCCAGAGUAUAGCAGGUCUAGAAGAGAACUUCCAUAAAGAAAUGAGCAAGUUGAACCAAAAUCUCCAUGAUGUCCUGCUGGGUCUAGACAAGCAGUACUCAGGCAAUGCCUUCCCUGUUAAAGCACAGCCCAGAAAGAAAACUAAACUGUUCGCCAGGCUGAGGAAAAAGAUGAGCAGUGACAGCACCCCAGCGAAAGCAAAUAAAAGCCCCUCGCCUCCACCAGAUGGAUCACCCAUCACCAGCCCUGAGACCAAGACUGUCAACCACGAGCUGGAACCAUCUGCUUUGGAAGCACCUGGGGCAAGCAUCCCAAAGUCACCAUCUCAGUUGAGGAAAGGGCCUCCGGUGCCUCCGCCUCCAAAAGUCACCCCCUCCAAGGAGAUCAAGCAGGAGAACAUCAUCAGUCUGUUUGAUGACAAUUUUGUCCCUGAGAUAAGUGUGACAACCCCUUCGCAGUUUGAUGCCCCUGGGCCCUUCCAGGAGGGAGCCAGCCUGUUGGAUCUGGAUUUUGAUCCCAUUAAACCAGAUGCCACUGUGGGGAAGACCCCCACACCUGCCUCCCAGUCUUUACCUUGGGAUUUAUGGGAGCCUGCAGAAGCAGCCCAUGCAGGAGCUGAAGCAGCUGGAUCAGAAACAGCAGCUGGAGGUGAAGCAUCUAAAACUGAAGCUGAUUCAGGAUCGAGUUCUCUGCCUGCUGUUGUUGUGGAGACUUUCCCUGCUACUGUCAAUGGCACUGUGGAAGGAGGUGCUUCAUCUGAGAGAGCUGACAUGCCUCCAGGAUUUCUGUUCAAGGUCCAGGCCAUGCAUGAUUACACGGCUACUGACAGUGAUGAGCUGCAGCUGAAGGCUGGGGACGUGGUGCUUGUGAUUCCAUUUGAGAACCCUGAAGAACAGCUGGAUGUGGGUGCAACAGCCAUGAACUCGAGACUCUCCAAGCUGCAGAGGGAUGAAGGGUGGCUGAUGGGAGUGAAGGAGUCUGAUUGGAUCCAGCAUAAGGAACUUGAACAGUGCCGAGGGGUUUUCCCAGAGAAUUUCACAGAGCGGGUGCAGUGAAAGCCCAAGCCCACCGGAUGCAUUUCUGCUGGAAGAAAGCAAGUUUUCUAGUAGAUAAUGGAAAAAGAACAGCGAAAUGAAAAUGAGAGAAUUUUAAAGGAACUGAAGUCUGAAAAAAUAGUCAACUUAAAGGGUCUGGUGUUCUCAAAGGGCAAGGUUUCAGAAGUAAAUUGAAGUUGAAAGUGUUAUCAAAAUAUAUACAUAUUAAUAAUAAUAAGGCAAGUCAAAUUCCCUCUUCCCCCUUUGGUUUUAAGACCAUUUGGAUUCAGAGGACUGAUGCAGAAGUAACUCAAUGUGGUUUUCUAAAUACUGCAUGGAUUGAAUUGGCAAAAUGUCAGUCUGAUCCCUGGAGAGGCGGUAUUUGUCUAAUGGCAUGAGUAGGAGCUGCAUUUGCUCUUGGGUGGGUUAAUCUGUUUUGUCUUGAAGGUGGCUUGCAUGGCAACCGUAAAAAUUCGGCCUUCCCUACAUGUUCAACCUACAGUAGGCCUAACUUUCUGUUAUGCUGUUAAAAAAAUAUUUAGUGUAUAGUGUUCACCAAUACAAUGUACUUGUGUGUGUGUGUAUAUUUUAUUUUCUUCCUUUAAAACAAUGUUACACAAACUGAUUUUGUACAUGUAAAGACAGAAGAAACAAUAUGGAGAGGGCAUGGAGAAGAUGAAAUGUGUCAAGUUGUGCUCAGUCUGAAGUUCUUUCAAAUGCAGACAUCUAAAUUCUCUCAGUAGUACUGGCCUGUGAAAUGCUAAGGGUAAGGGACAAAUUGGAGAGAAACAAGAAAAAAUAAGCAGAUGCCAUUUAGAUGGCUCUGAAAUUUAGCAGAGGGAAUCCUCUGCCCCCAAAACCCUGUAGGUGGUUUCAGGAAAGCUUUGAUUCAAGUAGAUGGAAGAUAGCUCUAAAAUCUGGCUGGUUAGAAAAUUUGCUUUUAAAGAGAGAUAAGGGAAGAAUUUUUUUUGGUGAAAAUGUCUACAAAAAAACACUGAGGAGAAACUAGUUUGCUUUCUGUGUUUUUAAUUGGCAUUGUUAUUUGUGGAAUUGUAUUUCUUGUUUUCUUUUGAAGAGUUCUGUAGGUGAAAUAUUGUUAGAUCAGCUUUCUCCAGUGCUGUGCUGGUGAUCAAGUUAACCUUUAUGAAAACUGGACUCUUGAAGUACUCUUUUAACAUGGCUGCAUGACUUCAUAAUAUUUUAAUGCAUUAGAAAGGAAGGCAAGAAUAUCACAGUGUCAGUGUCAAGAAGACACUCUGCGGUCUUUUACUGAUGCUGAGACCUUUCCUUUGCUCCUGUUUGCUUUUGAGUUUUGUUUUUUUUUAGUUUAAACAAGCAAAUGACAAGGCUGUUUCGAAGUGCACAUUACACUUGUUAAAAUAAGCCUGUCUGACCCUCCAAGACUCUUAAAGUCUCACAAAGGUACUUUAAACUUUACUUGAAUACUGAUGCAGCUGGCAAGCAGGUCAGGUAUUAACAUUUUUUAUGGCUUUUCCCACCCCCUCCCUCAUGAUCUUUUUGCCUUGAAGGGAUUUUUAACAGUGAGGUUACCUCCUGUUGUAAAGGGACAGAAUCAAUUUCUGAAAUAAUCUUCCUAACUGUUAGGAGUGGGAUUUUGUCAAAGAUGCACAGAAUGCUGACACACACUACUGAAAAUCGCACCUUUUCCAAUCUGUUUUAUUUGUUGGACAACAAAAAAAAACAUUGUAGGGCAAAACUGGAUUUUUUUUUUUUGGCAAAUUUUAGUUCAGAGGGAUAGAUCAAAAUUUUGAUUAGAAAAUACAUUCUUACAAAUGCAAGAAUUGCUCAAGUUCCUCUGCUUUUAGCUGAGUACAUGAUCUGUGCUACUUAUUUACAACAAUGUAACAGGCAUAAAAAUCUGUCCUACAUACCAAAUUCCACUCCCCCCCCCCCUUUUUUUUUUUAAUAAACAUACAGGAAUUUAUACUUCACAUCACUGUUACAAAGCCUAAUUGAAUUUAUGAGUAACUGCUCACAAUACAGAAGGACUGGACUCAGCAAGUUCUUGUGUAGUGAGCUGUUGCUUUAGAAUGCUGCCCUUUUUGAGGUUUUGUUGUUUCCUUUUUCACUGGGGUGGUCUUUAUUAUUACUUUUUUUCCAGAAGAUCUAUUUUUAUGCAUUGGUGACUCCCACUACUCCUUUAAAGAAUAUUAAUAGAAAAAAAUACGUGUAAGUAUACAUAGAAAUAUAUAUUAAAAAGCGGGUUGAUCCAAUUAACAUAAUGCUGACAGCUUAAAAUGUUUAUUUUUAUGCAAAACCUGUGGAUUAUUGUUGUGUUUUUUUUUUUUUUUAAAUAAUUACAAGAUUCUAAGUACCAGAGCUGCAAGUAAUUGUUCUAGAGCAUUUAAAAAGCUGUGCUGAUACCUAAUUUAUUGUGGGGUUUUUUUGCUGUUGUUGUUGUCUUCUGCUGUGUUGGAACCAGAUGACUGUCCCAACAAAGAUCCUCUUAAGGCCUUUUCAUUUUAUGGAGUUUGCAAAGCAACUAUCCAGUACUGUAUUGUCCCUGCAGAAGUGGUAACACGCUGCAAAAAAGGGAUUGUUUUCAAGUCAGGUGAAUGAUAUUGCUAGUGGGGAGGAUGUUUCAUCUCCUUCCAUUUGUUUCCCCCAACCCAAAAAUCCCACCCCCAGAAACCCCUUGCUUAGAACAGAUACAGUGGGUUACCUGGAUCUUGCAUUGCUCACAAAUAAGUGGUGUCAGCACAUCUCAGAUUCUGAAAGUGCAGGAUCAGACCCACAGUUUAUAAAUUGCCUUAUAUGAGAGUAGGAUGGCAUAGCAGGAAGCCUGUAGAUGGCCAUGUGUUCUGAAGCCAGGAGAUCCCGUCUCCUGAGUCGUGUCAGCCCCUGGUAAACAGCUGUAACUUCUCCGCUUUCUGUAUUUUUACAUCUGCUAAAGACCUUGAUUUUGGUUGGUAUUGCUUGGUGAAAUGAGUUUUUGUUUGGCUUAGGACUGAUUCGAAUAGGAAGAGGGACAGUAAACUCCCAAGUAGGCUGUGCCCACAGUGGUUUUUCAGUUUGCAGGCUGAACUGAAAAUCUGGGGAAAAAAGUUGUAAGGGUGACCUGAAGUUGUAAGGGUGACCAGAGACAGUUUUUAUUUAAAUAUUCUUAGUGGAAUAAAAAAGGGAAAAAUUGGAACAUAUUAGAAAAAGAACCUUUUCAAAACAAAACAUUAAUCUGUAGGGUUGAUUUUUUUCACUUAAAAAAAAAUAUUAUGACUUUGGCUAUAGUGAGUUUCUUUGAAGCAAAAAUGUGAAACCUGUUUUGAAAAUACUGAAAGAAAAUGUUUGAAUGUUAAUAGUCUUUUUGCCUUUGCCUUUUUUCAUAAUCUGAUGACUGAUUUCAGUUAACUCUAAAUUGCAUUUUUGGUGAGUACAUUAUGCACUGAAGGGAACCCAAAGAAGCCUAUUGCCCAGUUCUACUCCACCAACAGGUACACUGGACACAUUUCAGGGAUUGCCUGGCAUCUGGCCCAGCAAAACUGCUAUUUCCCCAUCUAAUAAUCUUCCACUUGAUUGUUUUACUGGGUGAACAAUAAAAGCAUCUCUCAUCCUAGGCCGUUGAUUGGUUUUGUAGCCUGGCUCAGAAAGACAUUCUUGCUCUAUCGUUCUCAGCUUGGUCACAGAUUUAUGACUAUAGGUUUAUGAUGCUGCUCCAGUUUGAGCCUAAUCCCAUUGUGCAGUGGGAAUUAUCAUUUACCCAACUGAUAAGAAAGAAAUAAAACAUUGCUUUUUCUCUCUUUUUCUAGCUUAGCAAUGUCACUAAUAUAUCUUUAUUAGAUAGAAAUAGGGAAAGGUCCCAGGAUGAAGAUGAAUGAGUUGUUCCAGGCAAGACUCCUGCAUACUGUGCUACUUUCCAUGGGCAUUCCUCACCUGCCUGCUUUUACCACCUUUGUGUUUCUUGGCUGUGAAGGUGAUGCAGUAAGAGGGAUUGUGCAGGCUUUAUUCCAGCUGCUCAGAGAUAGUCCUGCUUUAUUAUCUGCUGACCACAGUCCUUGAAGCUUUGUUCACAGUUGCAGAACCCUCUCCCAUCCCACUAUCCAAAGACCAUGCCCAAGGAAAAGACCCUCUAGUCAAAGGGGGAGGAUGGAGGGAUGAUACAUGAUCUUUUUCGUCUUGUUUGCCUCACCUCUUGGUUCCUAGGAGUUCCAGAACUUCUUUAUUUAGAGCUGAGACCAAAAUGUGAGUGGCCAAGAUGUGCAUGGUCAAUAUGAUAACAGGUGUUUCUCUCUGGGCUGCCAAAGGGAAGCUAUUCCUUGCCACACAGGUACCAUCACACGUGGCACUGGUGCAGACACCUUUGCUUGCAUGCUCCAGUUCAGACAUUUCUGAGUAGCAAGCUUCUGACCAAAAGGGGUCCUGUGUGGUGCCCAGAGCUAGAUUGUGUCACCAGCCCUUGUGAAGCUUGGGUUCCGUGGCUUAUAUGCGGAAGCUGAGAAUUAGAAAGCCAUUUGAGAAAUUUUGUUUAUGAAAAAGGAGAAGCUACAGCUGUAAAGACUGGUCUCUAUGAACUUGUGCUUUGAUGUGUCUAAUGACUAUAAUUCCGUCACCUGUUUUUACAGCUUAUUCUGCUAAUCCUGUCCCUAGUCUGCAUUUCAUGUAGAUGGUUCCUACUUCAAACUUGCCAGAUGCAGUCCUGGGCUUAUUGCUUCUCUUUAAAUCAAAUGGCAAGGACUUCAGCAAUGUAUUGGCUAUCUCAUUUCCCUCUGUUCAUUCAGUCUCUGAGUUUAACCACAAUGACCUGAGAAAUGUUUGGGUUUUGAGUGUUUUUUAAAUUGUUUUAAUUUUUGUUUUGUUUAAACAAAGCUGGAUAAUUCCCAUUGUAUUCAGAGCUGUGAUGCCAAGUUUCAGUGACAUGUACUAGGUGGAUUUGUCCCAUUUUGUUUCUUGGCAGUGUUCAGAAAUAUAAUUUGUGUCAUCCAAA